UUGAAAAUUCCCAGGAUUUACGCGUGCCUAAUCCACGUGAUAUCACCGCAGCUUCCGCCGCAGCGUCCGCUGCAGCGUCCGGCGCAGCGUCUUCCGCAGCGUCUGCCGCAGCCUCCGCCACAUACACCGCGAUGUCUCACGGGCUACAUGACGGAUGUGCAAUCUUGGACCAAAUACGAUGGAAGACUUAUAGUGUACCCAGACCAAAACAACUCAAUCGAUGUGUCCUACCACUUAAAUUGCGUUCGAGAACUACAGCGGCAGCUGCGAGAGUUUCCUUGUUCGGGGAAAAAUUCGGUGCAAUAUCUUAGUAUGGCAAGAUGCCAGUUUCAUAUUAUCCCUUCGGUUUUCCACUACAAAGAUUCUUGUGGUAAUACUUUAUCAGGGACCGUUGAAUAUUUGACACUGACUGGAAACAACUUUUCAAUAGAAAAUACAUUUUACCCUUAUGAUGUACAAAUGAAUGCGUCAAAUGCUAAAAGUGCUUUCGAAGAUACUUCAUUUGACCGAAAUAUUGCUAAUAGUUGGUCAAAUGGUUUACGCGGGGUCACCUUUCCACGUCUACGUGAAUUAGAUUUGCGCCUGUGUGGAAUCAGAAAAUUAGAAGACAAUAUAUUUAGCGGCAUGCCAUAUCUUGAGAAAUUAUAUCUGGGGGAAAACAACAUUUUUACAAUAAGCGCAGGAACUUUUUCGGGUUUGAAUAGACUUAUACAUUUGGACCUCAGCAGAAACUAUGGAUUCGAUGAGAACGGAACGUAUCACCGCUUGAAUUUCGACGAGUGCAACGUUUUCCAAGAAUUAGUUAAUAUUGAAUCAAUAGAUUUCUCUUUUACUAAAAUGGCACAACGUAAUAUUGAUGGAUUCCUACAUGUGAGUGCAAGACUGCAGAGACUGUCAAUUUGCCAUUCAGGUUUGAGUAAUUUGAGUCCAGGACAUUUUGCUGGUACUUUUUUGAGAUUUCUAGAUGUAUCCGGAAAUAUAAAUAUAUUCGCAGAUGAUGACGCCUUGCGCGGCUUGGAAAACAGGUUGCAGGUAGUUUAUGCUAACGACAUCGCGUUAAAGGAAUUAGACGUUUUCAAGAACAUGACCUCAUUAGAAAUAAUAAGAGCGCGAAGCAAUGAAAUAACUGAAAUAUGUAGAAACACAGCCAGUAGCCUUAUAAACCUACAAGUUCUUGAUUUAGAUAUGAAUAGACUGACAGCUUGGUCUAGACCGACAGUGGCCUUGAUGCCAAGCCUGAAAUUCUUAUCUGUUAGAAGCAACAACAUCAACAUAAUUUCAGAUCAUAUGGUAAGAGAUUUUGUGAAUGUAUCCUACAUUGGAUUGACAGGCAAUCAGAUAGUGUGCAAUUGUUACGCUAGAGAAAUAUUUGAACUAGCUUUGAGAAAUGAAAUGGACAAGAAAGAUGAAUUUAUUGCAGAAAAAUAUAAGAACAAAAAUGCAAAUUUUUCUUCGUUGCUUCUGGAGACCAGACGUGAGGAUCUCAUCCUCGUUCUUCUAGAAGAUAUUCCUCGGCGUAGACGUCCAAAUACUCUUCAUUAUUUGAUGGUCACAAACACGUAUAUUGUCUGGCCGAAAGAAGACGCCGAACAAAUGAUGUUUUGGAAAAGACUGAGGAAGAGUUUAGUUACGCAGAAGAUGAGACAGCCGGAAAAUGUGUCACUGGCGUGA